UCUGCCUCUAUCCAGAUGCAGAUUCAGAGAGAGACCUGCUCCUCCUCCUCUCCUUUGUCCCCUGAGGCUUUUCUACACAGCCCCACCCCUCCGCUUGGCAUCUCUCCCAGGCAGUGGCUCUCAGAAAGUCACUCCUUUCUUGCAUUUGAUCCCUCACCAGGAGCCUUCACCUCGGAGGGAAGAGGACAGAGUUUGUGCUCCAGCUUCCUUGCUUCUUUCUGUCAGAUUCUCCUUCUAAUAUUCCCGACUUGCAGGAGAGGAAGAGAAGCUACGUGGGCAUCCACCCCUGCUUUGCUAGAUGGUUUCUUUUCACUUAGAAGGAACAUCACACUUCAUUCUGUGCCUGCAGAGACAUGGAAGAAUCAGAGGAAACUCAAUGGGCCCAUUCAUUUUUUAAUCUUUGGCAGCUGUAAUCUUAGCCCCGCCUACCUUGUGGUUGGUGGAAAUAUAGAGAGUGGGAGCUUUGUCUCCUCCUGGGCUCUCAGUGAGGACCGGGAAGGAAAGAGAGGCAGAGCAGCUGGGCUGUGGACAACGAUGGAUCGGAACCGCUGUCACUCCGUGAAGCUGAAUGAUGGACACUUCAUGCCAGUGCUUGGAUUAGGCACUUACGCCUCUGACGAUACUCCUAAGAGCAAGGCUGGUGGGGGAACCAAAGUGGCCAUUGACGUGGGUUAUCGACACAUUGAUGCGGCAUACGCAUAUCAAAAUGAGAAGGAGGUCGGAGAGGCCAUUCGAGAGAAGAUUGCGGAUGGUACCGUGAAGAGAGAGGACAUAUUCUAUACCACCAAGCUUUGGCCUACUUUCUUUCGACCAGAAUUGGUUCAAUCUGCACUGGAAAUAUCUCUGAAGAAACUUCAACUGGACUAUGUGGAUCUCUUCAUUAUGCAUGCACCAUGUGCUAUGAAGCCUGGGGAGGAAAUACUGCCAACGGACGAAAGUGGGAAAAUCAUUUUAGACACUGUGGACAUUCGUGACACAUGGGAGGCCCUGGAGAAGUGUAAAGACUUGGGUUUAGCCAAGUCCAUCGGAGUGUCCAAUUUCAAUCACAAGCAACUGGAGAUGAUUCUGAACAAACCAGGGCUCAAGUACAAGCCCGUCUGCAACCAGGUGGAAUGUCAUCCUUAUCUCAACCAGAGCAAACUCCUGGAGUUCUGCAAGUCCAAGGACAUUGUUCUAGUUGCCUACAGUGCGCUGGGAUCUAACAGAGACCCAAAGUGGGUGGACAGUGACAGCCCAUUUCUCUUGGAGGAGCCAGUCUUGAAAGCCAUUGCCAAGAAACAUAAUCGAAGCCCAGCCCAGGUGGCCCUGCGCUAUCAGCUGCAGCGGGGAGUGGUGGUCCUGGCCAAGAGCUUCUGUGAUAAGAGACUCAAAGAGAAUAUCCAGGUGUUUGAUUUUGAAUUGACUCCAGAGGACAUGAAAGCCAUAGAUGGCCUCAACAGAAAUUUCCGAUACGCUAGAUUCCAAUUUGUUGCUAAUCACCCUAAUUAUCCAUUUUCAGAAGAAUAUUGACUGUGAGCUAUCAAAUAUCACCACCAGAAGUUCCUGCUUCUAGGAUGUGUGAAGAGGAUGUCUGUAGUUGGUGGAGGAGAUUAGGAAGUAAUGUCUGUAGUUUCAGGUUGCUUUCCUUUCAUUUUUUCAUUUAUGAAAUAACAAAGAUUUCAAAAUCAGGUUGUUUGUUUUUCCUGAUUAUUAAAA